ACUGAGCGCGCUGCAUUUGUACUUGGUGUUACUUUACGUUUGCUCCACUGCUUCCAAGUAAUAUAACAGCUUGUUUGCAUUUCGUGAAAACUAAUUGACUUGAGUUCAAGAACUAGUUACUUCACCGAGAAAGUGUUCAUGUAGAGAACUUAAGGUUUUAAGGUUAAUUUCGAAAUACUGUACGUUUGCAAAAAUAGUGAAAAUUCGCUAUUUAGAUAACCAGUCGUCAAUUCUGGGCUUGGUAAAUCUAUUUUUAUCCAGAAGCAAGGACUCGUGUCUACCACCUUAAUGAAGGUGUUUUUUACUAAGCUUCGUUGUAUCCAGUGAUAUUUUUCCAUGUGCGCUAAUUCUAAUAAGUUUUCCAGAUCUUUCUAACAUCCCAUUGUACCUUAUUUUGUACUCCAUAUCUUGAUAUCAUCUCGUUCUUAUGAGGCUAGUGACAGAUGAAAGUUUGGAAAUUCAUAAAAAAGCAGGAAGAUAUACUCCAUAAACUCACCAAAUAUGUUUGUCAUACGGCGUAGAGCUUACCCACACUUUAUAAGCCCCCAACAAGGUCAUUUGUGCAUAUAAGCAAUACUAACUGAAAGCAGAAAAAUGUCACUGUUCUCCUAAAGUAACAUGUACCAAAAUAUUAUACUGCAUUGUCUGGAAGUUUUUAACUUUAGUCUUCCUUUAUCUCUUAUAGAUUAUAGUCCUGGUUUGGGAACAGCCAUUGUUAUAUCUGUACAUCCUUACCUUGCCUUCAUAUAUUAACGUUCCUACAAUUUAGGCACUAGCUUUCCAACGAGUCACAUAAUGUUAGAAGAUGAGUUCGCUGAGCUGGAUCUAAAUGAAAACUCAGAAAACAUCUUAAAUGUAUCGUUAAAUUCUGAGUCCUGUCUGCGAACUGGAUUUACACCUGAACGAAACGUUGCACAUGACUCAUCACCAGCUGACAUUAGAAAAGAUACUGAAAAUACUGUUUCCGAUGUCGCAUUUGUAAAAAUCACAAGCCCUGAAAAAGUUGGUGGAGGGAUUUCAUCAUACAUAGUAUAUCGUGUCAUUACCAAGUUUAAUGACAAGGAGUUUUCAGUCCUCAGACGGUUUUCUGAUUUCCUUGGGCUUCACGAGAGGUUGGUCUCGAAGUAUCUCUCUGAAGGAAUUAUCGUACCCCAUGCUCCUUCUAAAGAUAUGUUAGCUACAACUAAAGUUAAAAUAUCGAAGGACGCUUCUACAGAAAAUGAGUUUGUUGAACGUCGUCGGAUAGCUCUAGAACGAUUUCUAUCCCGAGUACUCUCACAUCCAGUUUUGCGUAUUGAUGAAUACGUUUGUGAGUUUAUUCAGCAUGAUGGAGAACUUCCACGUGCAACAAACACCCAACUGUUAUCCGGUGCUGCAGCGAUAAAAGCGAUGAAAAAUUUGGGUGGUGCGAUUGGAAAGCUUGCUUACAAAGUUGAUGACCCGGAAGAGAAUACUGCUGAGAAGGUAAGUUAGUCUUUAAUAGGAAUUGGUCGUCAUCGUUUUAACAUUAAGUACUUCAAUAAAUGUUCAUUUUAAAAUGCGAUGUUGAGAUAUAUAUGAAUGCACUUUUUGACGAAAUGCUUUGUGUUGUAACUUCUACUUUAUUUUCU